GAUGCGCGUCCUCUGUCCCUCCCCCCAGCCGCCGGCGCUGCUGAGGAGGAGGAGGCGGCAGAGGCAGCAGCAGGCGAGCGCCCGCGGCCCGCCCCGCCGCCCCACAGCCCUCCCCCGCCGCGGGCCGCCCGGCCAUGUAGACGGGGGCGGCGCGGCCGCCCUUCCCCGCGUCAGCCGCCCCUCUGCCGGCGGGCGCCAUGGAGGACGUCGGCUCAGGCGUGAACGCGGACGCGGAGGUGCGGAAGCUGCAGGAGCUGGUGAAGAAGCUGGAAAAGCAGAACGAGCAGCUCCGCAGCCGCCACGGCGCCCUGCCCGCCGCCCCCGCCAGCCCCAAGCGCCUCCUGGGCGGAGGGCCUUCCCCGUCGCCCCCCACCGCCUCCCCGCCCGACGGCCGCUGCCUCAGCCCCAGGGCCGCUGCCAGGCGGCCGCCUCUCGAGGAGCCCGGCGGCGUCGCGGCCGGAGGGGAGGGCCAUGGCCUCUUGGACGACGCGGCGCUGCUCAGGCCGGAGGAGCUGGAGCGCUUGGCCGGCUGCGAGGAGGACGAGACCAGCUGGUUAUAUACAUCCCCAAAGAAGAAGCUGCCUUCAGUGCAAAAAUGUGUCAGUCCAUUAGUUUGGUGCAGGCAGGUUUUGGAUUAUCCAAGUCCUGAUGUUGAAUCUGCUAAGAAGUCACUGAUUCACAGGCUGGAACAGACAAUGUCAGCUCUCAAGAGGCAGAAUUUGUACAGCAGCCCUUUCAGUGCUGUCAGUUAUGCCAGCUCCUACAGUCCAAAUACAAGUAGCCCCUACAGCAGUGGCUUCAACUCCCCCUCCUCAACACCUGUGAAAUCUGCAUUAGUGAAACAGCUCAUACCUCCUGGUACCUCAGGUUAUCUUAAAAGUUCAGCAGAUAGAAAUCCUCCACUAAGUCCCCAAUCCUCUCUGGACAGUGAAUUGAGUGCAUCUGAGAUGGAUGAAGACUCUAUUGGGUCUAAUUACAAGCUAAAUGAUGUCACAGAUGUGCAAAUUUUAGCACGAAUGCAAGAAGAAAGCCUCCGUCAGGAGUACGCGGCGAGCGCUUCUCGGCGCAGCUCUGGCUCUUCCUGCAACUCCACCAGGAGAGGCACCUUCAGCGACCAGGAGCUCGACGCGCAGAGCCUGGAGGACGAAGAAGAUGGCACGCACCACGCCGUGCACCCUGCUGUGAACAGGUUCUCGCCCUCGCCUCGCAGCUCUCCCUGGCCUUCCCCCAAACAGUCUCCCCGGAACUCCCCGCGCUCCCGCUCGCCCGCCCGCAGCAUCGAGUACAGCAGAGUCUCGCCCCAGCCCAUGAUCAGCCGUCUGCAGCAGCCGCGGCUCUCGCUCCAGGGCCACCCCACCGAUUUGCAGACCACUAAUGUCAAAAGUGAAGAAAAACUAAGGCGUAGUCUUCCAAACCUGUCCAGGACAUCCAGCAUCCAAGCUGAGUCUGUGAAGAACAGCAGGAGUGACUCAAACUUCCAAGUGCCAAACGGAGGGAUACCUCGCAUUCAACCUCAAGCCUCAGCCACUCUGCAAAGGCAGAAAAAUUUGCCUCGUGCUGCCUUCAAAACCAAACAGUUUCUUCAAACUCCAUCUGCAAAAGGAGUACCACCUUCAAGUAAGUUCCGGUCACCUGCGGCACCGUCUCCCCUAGCUCUCCGACAACCAGUGAAAGCAUUUAGUAACCAUGGACCUGGUUCAGUUGCUUCUCCAGAAGCCACACAGAUGACACAUAGUAGUUCUUCACCAGGGCCUCUUGCAGCCCAGAGUUCAGGCUUGCCAAGCCCUGCCAGCAGCAUUAACAGUACUACUCUUACCAGACCGGCAGGGACAGCAGGGAUGAGGAGUGGUUUGCCCAGACCCAGUGCCCCUUCUGCAGGGGGCAUCCCAGUGCCUCGUAGCAAACUUGCACAGCCUGUUCGCAGAUCCUUACCUGCUCCCAAAACCUACGGCAGCGUGAAAGACGAGAGUUGGAAAGAUGGCUGCUACUGACCUGCAAAGCUGAGUGCAGAGUCCCAGUGCUCAUGGAUGCUUCCUCACCAGGCUCAAGGACAGCUGCAUUAUACAAACUGUUCAGAUGAGACUUUUGGGAUUUGUAGAAAUUCCAGACCUCUCUGUCUCUAAAUUAGCACAAACUGGCAGAGAUUAUAAAGCAGCACUUUAAUGACAUCUAACAUCAGAUGUUUGGUGGUCAUACAAUCACUUCUACAUUAAAUUGCUAUCAGUUCUUGGGGGUUUUGUCUUGCUUGCUAAAGAUGUAUCAAUAUGAGCAUUGAUGACAGUGGCCAAGGUCUGGGCAGAAACCUAACAAAUGCCAAAGAAAUGCCCAUGUUGAGAAAGAGCAAGUGUGGCACUGGGCUUAUGCUGCCCAGAGCUUCAUCUUCAGCCUGGGUUAGGCCAGCAGCAAGGUUGGUGAUUGCAACCAGACUACACUAAUCAGGGCUAACAUUCUGAUCGCAGGCCGCUGCAGUGCUAGUGACACACCG